AUGUCCUUAAAAGAAUUGACAUUAGUUGUCUUGUUGUCAGUUUUUGCCCUGACAACUGCAGUUCAUAUAGCAGAAGAAGAAACUCUUUUAAGUGGUACUUUGAGAAUCAUAUUUGCCAAUAUAUUUAAACCAAAAUCCAUGAGUGUAAGUGUUAUAGUCAACAUUAGUGGUCAUGGAAGUUUUAAUACUAACCAAGACAUCUUGAACAAGGUGAUGCUUAUUAAUAAGAAUAUACAAGUACCAGUGACAAUAAAUCAACAUACAGCCUUAAAUAUGGUGCAUUUUAUUCAUGCAAAAUUAAUAUUCAUCAAUUCGGCAGAAAAUGUCAGAAUGCGUAUGGAAAAUCUCUUUAAUAACAAUGAAAUUGAAACUGUAUCAACGAAAUAUUUAAUUGUUUUAUAUACUCAAGACUCUAUGCCGAAAAAACUUAUUGAAAUGCAUAAUAUAUUUCGAGAUUUCUUUAAUAUUUAUAUUAUUGAUGUUGUCAUAUUGGUAUAUGAUGCAGAGUCUUUGCUUUUGUACACCUACAAACCAUACAAUAAUAAUCAUUGUGCUUUUACUAAACCCACAUUGUUGCGACGUUUCGAAAAAGUUCCUGAAUUUAUUUUAUACCAUGAUUUGUUUCCCAUUAAAACUAAGAAUUUUCAUCAGUGUCCCAUGAAAGUAGUUCUCUGGCAUAUACCACCAUUUGCGGAGUUAACCUAUCAAAAUGAUUUGGUAUACUUCAAGGGUUUUGAUGCUAAAGUAUUGAACGAUUUGGCGGAAUAUUUGAAUUUUUCCAUAGAGGUUGUACCCAAUGAACCUAAAAAUUUAAUAAGUGGUCAAGUUUUUAGAAAUAAUACAGCAACUGGUGUUUUUAAAUUGCUGUUGGAGCGUAAAGCAAAUCUAACUAUUGGUUUCAUUGCAUGCAUGCCUAGACGUUUGCAAUUUACUAGAGGAUCCAUGCCAUAUUUUCUUUCACAACUUUUAAUUAUUUUCAAAAACUCUAAAAAGUAUACACCAUUUCAACUGGUUUUAAGGCCUUUUUCUACAUCGACUUGGAGUUUCUUUAUAGCUGUAUUCAUUUUAAGGCCCCUAUUUAAACGACUACUCUAUAGAAGUUUUAAAUUAAGACAAAGCUUUCGUAAGCUUUUAAAACUACAAUGGUUGUUAUUAAUUUUCUUACUGCGUAUAUCCUACGAAGGAUCAAUACUUAAAGCUAUACGUAUGACACCUUACCGACAGUUACCACUAACUAUAGAUGAAGUAGUAAAACAAAAUUAUUCUCUUAUUACGGACUAUGCCUGUGCUCGGGUAUUACAUGAAAUAAGUAUUCUAAAAAAUAUCACGACAAUUGUACCGGGAAAUCCUCAAACAGUAUUAGAAUCAUUGGAUGACUUGCCGCCAAAUACUUGUAUCUUAACCAGUGAUAUUUUUGUGUCGGUUUUUAUGAAGAGUAGACUGAGUAAAUACAAAAAUUAUGCUAUUGUUCGCGAUAAGGUUUCCAAUAACAUGAUGUGUGUAUUCUUUCCCCGUUUAUCAUAUAUGGCACCCAUGGUAAAUACACUCCUGAAACAUUAUGCCAUGUUUGGUAUAUUUCAUAAAUAUGGAAAAGAUCUUGGUUUCGAAAAUUUGCCUAUGACUACUGAUAAAUUUAGGAGACUUUACAAACAGAAUCCACUAACACCUUUAGAUUUGGCUUUACUAAAGUUAUUUUUGACACAUUCUACUAUUGCAGCUGUUGUUGAUGACGACAGCAGCACCAGCAACAACAACAACAAGAGAAACAAUGACAAAAACUAUCGGAAUGAUAAAGAGUAUGAUGAUGCUGCUGCUGACGCUGUACAUGAUGGGUUGAUGGUGUAA